GUUGAAUGAAGUCGACGGGAGGAAGUGGCGGUUAAUGCAGCUCCACACCUUUCCGGUGUAGCAGCACUGCAACCAGCUCGACUUAAAGGAGAAAGGCGAGAGCUGGGUGUAAUUACCGCGGCAAGGGGGAGAAAGGAGGGGGACGAGAAGUGGAGUUUCAUGAGUGGAUAUAUGUGUUGCUGAGUCACCGAGGGGUAUUUCUUCGUUGAAUUCCCUUCAUUUACGUUGAAGUAACCCGGCUUGACGGUCGAUGGACUAACCGCUAGCCGCAGAAAGCUGCUUUUCUCCUCCGGUAGCCGUGAAAAGAACAAGGGCGCACCCGAUGAGGAGGACCGCCAGACACAAACACCAGGAGGAAUUCUCAAGUACCGCGGCUUUGUCGGGGCCUCAUACUUACACAGUAUCUCCUCUGUGCAGUUUUUAAUCUUCACGGCUGGUCUUUGUCACGCAGCUUAACGUUGAUUUUGGCAACAAAAUGAACGCCCUGCAACAGCUGCUGCCAACUUCUUAGUGUUACCGUGCCAUGUUGUGUACAGGCCCCGCACACUUAGUGAUACUCUGAUCAUUAAUGUCCCUGCACUUCACAGGACGCACAGACUCUCAAGUCAAAAGCCCACAAGUACUGUUUUGUUAGGUUUAACAUGAGUGAGCAUUUUGAGUUUUUCUCCACAUAUGCUCUUAACUAAGUCAUGUUUUCACUAGAAAGCCUAUAGGCAGAAGUUGUAGUUAAUAAGAUAACUCAUCAGCACAGUAUCAGACUUUUCUCUCUUUAGGAACAACGUAUUUAUGCACAAUAGUUCAAAAUGGGGAAAGUGCUCUCAAAGAUUUUCGGGAACAAGGAGAUGAGAAUAUUGAUGCUUGGACUUGAUGCUGCUGGAAAGACAACAAUCCUUUACAAACUGAAACUUGGACAGUCUGUCACCACAAUCCCAACAGUCGGCUUCAAUGUGGAGACAGUCACCUACAAAAAUGUCAAGUUCAACGUCUGGGAUGUUGGAGGCCAAGACAAGAUCCGUCCUCUGUGGCGACACUACUACACAGGCACCCAAGGGUUGAUUUUCGUGGUGGAUUGUGCUGACAGGGAUCGCAUCGAUGAGGCCAGGCAGGAACUCCACCGCAUCAUCAACGACCGGGAGAUGAGGGAUGCCAUCAUCUUGAUAUUUGCCAAUAAGCAAGACCUCCCGGACGCCAUGAAGCCGCACGAAAUCCAAGAGAAGCUCGGAUUGACCCGCAUCAGAGAUAGGAAUUGGUAUGUUCAGCCCUCCUGUGCGACCUCAGGUGAUGGACUGUAUGAGGGCUUGACAUGGCUAACCUCAAAUUACAAAUCUUAAUGAUUGAGUGCAGACUGUUUAGGGUCAAAACUAUAACAACGUUGCAAGUAACAAAUAACUUCUCAAAAUGAGUAUGGUUAAGAAAAAAAAGUUGAUUUAUCUCCCAUUUAUUUUUAAUACUCCGUUUACCCCAUAACUAAUUUAUCUUAAACUGGGUUUGCUGGCUUAAACUUUGCUUGUACUCUGUAGCAGGCCUUUAUCACGUUCAUUAUUCUGAGGCUUGGUUGAUGAAUAUUGAUUUAAUUGGUCCUUAUGUCAAAGCCACAAAGAUCACCAUCUUUGCCUAUUCUUUUUCCCUGUUUUAUAUAAUUUUUCUAAUGCAGCUGAAAUUUUUAUCUUCAUUCUUGGAUUAAAGCUUGUUUCAAGGCUCUUCAGACUCUUGCAUUCAACUCGGACCUUUUUUCUUCUAAGAUGUUUAAUUUCAUGUAGCGAAGGUGAAGGACUUUGAGAUUUGUUUUUAACACACUUCUGUGAUGAAAAGUAUUUCUUCUCAAUGGUAUCAACCAUUUUCACAGUCAUCCGUCUUGGCAUCAGAGGAAAAUAAAACCAUCAGACGUUCUGUUAAUCCCUUUGAAUCCCAAGAUGUGGGCUCUAUAUUUUAUUGAUCGACCUAUUGUGUCAUGUCUUGAUACAUACAUAAUUGUGCUGAACAUUCAACAAAUAGGCCUCCAGUAACUUAAAACAUGCUUGUGGGGAUGCAUUUUGACUUCUUGGGGUAACGCACAGUCAACCGACUCAAUCUUUCCAAAGGAAUGUCAUUCAGCUCUGAGCUCUCUCAAUCUGAUACCACAGUUGAUUAGUCUCAGUAUUGGGACAUUAUAUGAUAGCCUAUAUCUGUAGCAUGAGUACGAAAGUACAGUAACCCUACAUCAGAGUCCAUCUGUCGUGCAGUCAGUGGGAGCUGUUCACUGGUGAAAUGUUGGAGACACCCUGAAGUGCAGCUCUUACACCUAUUUUGACUGGGGGAACCAUGUACAGAACAAUGUCAUUGUAAUGUCUUAUUAAAAAAGUGAUUUUAAA